CUUCAUCCUUGAGCUUCUCCAAAAGUAAAACUUGUUUCCAAAAAUAAUCGAUGUGGUACCUAUGUGUAUUUUACCACAGACUUUUGGAUUACAGGAAACCGGAAGUUGAAUCUCUGGCUGACCUAUUCGGAGCUUUUGGAGACAAACAGAGCGCAGAUUUCCGGACCCAGAACAGGGUUUUGGAAUGGCGGCUUCCCAAACACCACCACCCUGACUCCCCUUUCCAUUUCGUUAAUUUACCUUCCGAAGACGUCGCCAGGAACGUCGCAAACCGAAGUAUACUUGUGAAGGGAAUUUAUGAACUUUGGGGAGAAGGGAGUAGCUAUGAGGAACUUGAAGAGGCGGUGAAAGUCUACCCAGAUGAAAGGAAGUUGCCAUAUUUGGCGUCUGAAAGGACGUUUAAGAUUACUGUUGAUAGUUUUGGAAAAGUUAUGAGUCUUCAGGAACAGAAUGAACGAAUUCGUGGACUCUCAUAUAUCCCUUUCAAGGGUCGAGUUAAUUUAAAGGGUCCAGAUCACAAUUUCUGGCUCAUGGAAACUGAUGACAGUGCAACUAAUAAUGGGCUUCCACCAGUUAUGGGAAGGAGAAUAUUUUUUGGUAGGGAGGUUGGUGGAGCAGACAGGAAGCUUAUACCCACGUAUCAAUUGAAAAGCCGAACUUAUCUUGGCCCAACAGCAAUGGAUGCGGAAAUGGCUUUCUUAAUGGCCAAUCAAGCACAGGCUGCACCUGGGAAACUUGUAUAUGACCCUUUUGUUGGCACGGGGAGCAUUCUUGUUUCUGCAGCUCACUUUGGAGCAAUGACAAUGGGUGCAGAUAUCGACAUCAGAGUAGUGCGUGAUGGACGUGGCCCUGACUGUAAUGUCUGGAGCAAUUUCAAACAGUAUGGAUUGCCAAUUCCAAUUGCGUUGUUGAGGGCAGAUAACAACCUUCCUCCUUGGCGUCCUGGAUUAAAGGAGGUGUUUGAUGCAAUAAUUUGCGAUCCCCCGUAUGGAGUUCGGGCUGGUGGACGCAAGUCUGGAGGACGAAAAUUGCUCAAGGGGGUUGUGGGUCCAUACACUGUUCCUGAUGACAAAAGGGCAGACCAUAUACCAUCAACUGCAUCCUAUAGCUUAGUUGAGUGUGUGCAUGAUUUGCUUGACCUUGCUGCUAAGAUGCUUGUAAUGGGUGGCAGGCUUGUGUUCUUCUAUCCUGUGUUAAGAGAAGAUGAUUCUGUAGAAGACCAUUUCCCAGAGCAUCCAUGUUUCAAGUUGGUUGCCACUUCUGAACAGAUACUUAGCUCAAGGUACAGUCGAGUUUUACUCACCAUGGUAAAGACAUCCGUAUACACUGAGGAGCUUGCUUUGGCAGCUACGAUAAAACAUUUGGAGUUCAAGGAGAAUCAUGUCAAGUGGUUAGAAGAUGGCAAUCUUCACUCUUCUGUUUUCAGUCCAGCAGAUGUUGAAUCAGGUGAUUCAAAAGUCAACAAAGAAUCAAAGCCCAAAUACAGAGGGAAAUAUGUUUAGUCUUGCUGCUGUUUAGGGCUCAUUAGGUUAGACAACAAAUUUAUACACUCUUAACUUAUAUAU